AUGAGUUUAACAAGAAAGCCAAAUGAAAACCCUAAAAGGCAUGGCUUACUCACUGCAGUAUGCUUAGCAUAUACACAACCUAGUCUUAAAUACACUCAGAUUUAAUUCAUAGUACAUGUGUGCAGAAUUGGAGCCCUGCCUUCCCUGAAGAUUUAAGACAGGUGACAAUAACUAAAAGUAUACAAAGUAUGCAUAACACAUUCAAACACAUCAGAAAACUGCACCCACAUCUGAAUGGCAGGAUCUAGAAUCAGUCUAGUUUGAAAGCAGUAUUUUAAGGACGAAUUAUUCCAUAUUGUGAAAAACUACAUGUAUGUGCUAUGAACAGAGGUAAAUGCAGCCUAACAGCAGGGGUGUGGAACUGGUGAGGUCCUUCAAAUGUUAUUGGAUUCCAAUUCCCAUCAUCCUCAGCAAGGCAUAGCCAGUGGAGAGGGCUCAUGGGAACUGUAGUCAAACGAUGCUCAGAGGACAACACUUCUUCAUCCCUGCUUUAGAGUACUGUGUUUUUCGCUCUAUAAGACACACCAGACCACAAGAUGCACCUAGUUUUUGGAGGAGGAAAACAAGAAAAAAAAUAUUCUGAAUCUCAAAAGCCAGAACAGCAAGAGGGAUCACUGCGCAGCGAAAGCAGCAAUCCCUCUUGCUGUUCUGGCUUCUGGGAUAGCUGCGCAGCCUGCAUUCGCUCCAUAAGACGCACACACAUUUCCCCUUACUUUUUAGGAGGGGGAAAGUGAGUCUUAUAGAGCAAAAAAUACGGUAAUUUUCACUGUGAACUCUCUGAUGAUAUUUCCCCCUUGGCAGCUAAGGCCAGAGUCUUCCUGGUUAAGAGGCUAAGACAAAACCUCAGCCUGUGAACUCUGAGAAAGCAAGACCUCUUGGAUGCCCUCUAAUGGAACAAAGGCAGCACGGCAGUUGUGGAAGUGCAACCGUGUGGGACAGGCAGGCAGCAGGUUGAGUGGGAGCAUUAUUUUUAAACAAGAAAACUUUGCAAGGAAAGGGUUAAAUGCAGCUGUCUGUCUCUUUGCAAUAGCUGAGAAGCUAGACUCUACACAGGCUACCCCAGUCCUCGCAAAUAAAUAAAUAAAUAUGGCUUCUACCUUUUGUUUUUAUUUUAGAGUAAUGCCUUCUCUGGGGGGGGAGGGGAGUGUUGAAAUAGUAGUGCUGUUAAUCAUUUAGGAGUUGCAUUUGCUGAUCCUCCUGUAGAAGAGAAUGUGGGGGCAGGGCUGGACAGGAUCCCAGCCAAAUCCUGUGCAUGUAAAUUUUGAAAUAAGUCCCAUUCAGUGGGACUUUGCUCUCAGCUAGGAUCUGAGCCUUCAAGUUUCUGUGUGGGCUUCAAUUCGAGCCUGGUCCUAAUUUUAUCCAGUGAGCAAGCAGAGAGGUAUUAUGCGUCUAAGUAUGUGUGUUUUAAAGUUGAAACCAAAAAUACACAGAGUUAAAAUCCCAAAGGGCUGUACUGGCAUAAUAUAUAAAUAUUGCAUCUAGUAAUAAACCAAGGAAUAAAACAUUCUGCAUUUAGUUUACAGCACCUGGGAGGGUGUGUUCAUGUGGAGUGCAUUUCCUUUUAUGCUAUUUUCCCAUCCAGUAACGGGGGAUUCCUGCAGAGAACUGACGUGUUGUAGCUUUGAGCUCCCGGGGUCAGAUUCCUUACACUUCACGGCUAUCCAGCAUAGUGUUCUCAAACCUAAGCCAAUUCACAUUAAUAGAACACUUUCAUGUGAUCCAGGGGGAAAGGGAUCCACACACACAGGAGGAAAAGGCAGGGAGUGAAGGACGCUGUCAGAUCAGGGGCACCGUUUUUGCUUUUUGAUUGGAGGAAAACGAGGUAAGUAAAUCCUAAAUCACACUUCUGUAAAUGCUUUUUGACAACAGAAAGCUUAGAAUAAUUUUGUUAGCUGGGCUUUUGCAGAGUAUUGCAGAAAAAGAUUUCCUUUCCUCCUUACAGAAGUGGUUUAUAAGCUUCAGCUUGGAAAGUUGUGAAGAGAUUUUCCUUUUUCAGCAUUACAGGCUGAAAUUGUAUGUGUAAAGGUGCUUCUGGUGUUUAUUGAGCAUUCAUUCUUAUUUGUUUGUGGGGAGGCUAUGUCAAAGCAAGUUUCAUUCCACACUUUCCAGUGCAUUUAUCCACUGUUUGCCUUAUUGCAAAAGGUCCGUUCUUUUGAGGAAGCAAGUUUAUUGAGCAAGAGCCCCAACGGCUCCAUAUACCUGAAUUUGCCAACAUACAAUUGAAUCACAUUCCAAAAUAGUGACUGUCUGGAAACACGUUCAGAAUUUUGAAGCCAGAAUAGAGAUGCCAAUUUGAGAUUAAAUGAUGCAGAUUAACCAUCAAAGGUGUACUUUUCAUAGACGUUUAUUCUAGGCUGUCAUAACUUUGAAAAUGCUGCUUGCUGGCAUUUAUUUAAUUGUUUUACCACGUUUAUGCAAUACAUUGAUUUUGUUUAUCAUACAUUUCAGGUAUAAAAAGGAAUGCAUGGGAUGGUAUUUGCUUCUUUCAAUUAUUCAAGCCUUAUAUUAUACCAGCCUGGUGCUUGUCAUAUGUUUUGGACCACAACUCCCAUAAGCCCUAGCUCCAGCUGGCUGUGGUUGAUGGGAAUUGUAGUCCAAAACAUCUGAAGGUUGCCGGAUUGGUGAAGGCUGUUCUUUUCAUCACCUUUCUCACCUGAAUGACUUGAUUAAAAACAUCUGACACAUUAGGAUAUGCAUAUACAUAUACAUGUAGGGGCAGAAUUUCAGCAUCUGUGAUCUGUUUCUGCUCUUUAAAGAGGUGGUAGGCCUAGGAAGGUGAUUCACAGACAGGUGCACUGACCCGUUGCAACCUACAGAAAUAUUUAUCUAUUUAAAAUAUAUUUUUAUAGAUUAUGCUUUUAUUAUGAUUUUAUUGGGUACCAACAGAGCAUACAGAGUCUGUUUGCAAGUCAUUGAAUCAUAUACCUCUUGACUGUAAUGAAACCUUUAAGCAACUUACAUUUAAAACCAAAUUAUAAUAGCAUAGGUUAUUUGAACUACUGUGUAGGUAUUGUAUAUAUACUGCACAUCUAUAAGAAAUAAAACAGGCAUAAUCAAACUCGACCCUCCGGGUGUUUUGGGACUACAACUCCCACCAUCCCUAGCUAACAGGACCAGUGGUCAGGGAUGAUGGGAGCUGUAGUCCCAAAACAUCUGGAGGGCCAAAUGUUGAGGAUGCCUGAAAUAAAAUGUUUGGUCCAGUUUUAGUAUAUUCAUAUUCCUGUCCCCCUUUCUUCCAAGGAAUUUAAGUUCAUCACAUAUCUUUAGGUGCCAGGUGAAAACAUCCCUCUUCACCCAGGCCUUGUACUAAUUAAACAGUCUAUGGCAUUUUAAGCUGUGGGGGGGGUAUUGUUUGUAAUUAUAUUAUGUAUUUUUUGUUUUUAUAAUGUGAACUGCCAUAUGAUCCUCAGAUGAAGGAUGGGAUAUAAAUCUCAUAAAUAAUAAUAACAAAAAUAAGUUGACCUGCAUGCUUCUCUUUUUCCCCCAAAUUUUUUAAUUAGUUUUCCACAUUUUUAGACAAACAAACAAACAAACAAACACAAAUCAUAACUGAACUUGAUCCAAUAUUAAUAUCAUAGUUAAAUGACUUCCUUAAAUUUCCUUGACUGAAUUUCAUUAUGUAUCAUUGUAACGGUUUUCCAAAAUAAUAUCUCAUAAAAUUUACUUAAUCCUCUUAACACCUUUAUCUAUUUCAUCUUAACUUUAAACAUAUUGUUUUAUAAUUUCACAUAUUCAGAUCCUUAGCCUAACUAUUAUUUUGCAAGUAUUUCUAUUUAAGACCUCCAUGCUUCUCUUCCCCUCUGCCUCAUUUAUCCUCACAAAAACCCUGUGAGGUAGGUUGAGCUGAAAGAUAAUUGACUGGUUUGGGACCACCUAGUGGGCUUCAUAGCUGAUUGGAGUGGGGGCAGGAUUUGAGCAUAGAUUGAUUUCUCUCUCUCUCUCUCUGUCUGUGUGUGUGUUUGAAGGAUGAGAUACAUUAUACUUAACAAUAACAGCAAACAAGUGGGAACUUCAAUGAAUUGUUGCUGUGUUGAAUGUUCAGAUUGACAGACAGACAUGCCCUUUUACAGCACACUCCAUUCCAUCCCCCCCUUUUGGUUGGACCAAUGCAGGAAGACAAUUCUAGAUUAGAUGGGCCUUUGGUUUGAUCCAGCAGGGCUCUUUUUAGGUCGAUGAAUUGCGUAGCAACCAGUUUAAACAGAACUUUGAACUGGAUUAAAUGUGAAAAAAGUUUUGAAGUGUGCAACUGACAAGGACUCCAAAUGUUUGGUAUUGCAAAGUAUUUACUGCAACCAUUCUGUAACUAAAAUUUUAAUUUAACAAGUAACAAGUUCAUAUGUUUAUUGUUCUAGCCAUGACAAACUUGUAACAAUAGUAUUAAUAAAAUAUUACAGAACAUACAUCAAAAAAAUAAGCCAACAUCCAUGAUGAAAGAGAGAGAAAAUACCAGAGACACCAACAAGCUUAAGUCUAGCCUGAUUUCACAUUAAGCCUCUGAAUUACCAAAACAAUUUGUUGCAAUUUUAUCGAACUCCUUUUUCCUUUUUAGUUAUUUUUUUUGCAGCCAGUGGACAGAGGGCUACUGUGUUACAAAGCUAUUAUAGUCACUUAAAAGAAAUAAAAUCAUUUAUAGUGUACCUAUGUGUUUCUGUGAACAAAGGUUUCAGAAAGCGAUCUCUUGGAUCUCUAUAUAAGUGGCAGGCUAACAGAUAAUGAGUGAUGUCUUCCACCUGAGGUUGGCCACAAAUACAAAGUCUGUCUGCGUAUGGGACCUUGUAACAGCAGCCAUCCAUGACUAGAGUGGGCCUCACUUGGAAACACAGUUAAACAAAGGCAUUUCUUAAGGAAAUUGGUGAGAGUUUGGCCAGAUAAUUUGCUGUAGAAUGCUCUGUUCACAGGAGUGAAUACCAAGGGGAAAAUUGGGCAUUUCUCAUUGGUUGCAGGUCCCUUCUGGAUUCUAUCCAGAAGAGCCAAUCAUUUAUUUGACACUUCUUUUUGGUCAAUGCAGACCACAGUUCUGGAAAAUAAUACUUGUCUAAAGCAUCUUGACAAGCCGCUUUCCAGAGCUGGUUAUCAUCCAAUUCCAUAUAGCACAGCACAGGAAAAUGCUCAAUUGGCUUAGUAGAAAUUCUUUUAAUAUACUUUAACUGAGCGCAAUCUGUUCUUGCCUUAAUUGUUGGCCACCUGGAUUCUUUACAAAGAAGAGCUGCUGACAUUCCUGAUGGGAGAGAGAAUAGCUUCUGAAAAAAAAUAUACUGCAAAGUUUCCAAAACUUUAAUGGAGUUCGAAUCAGAGGCCUAGAUUUCAACACCAUCACAGAAAUGUACUACAGUAUUUUGCUUGCUACCAGCACCUAAAUAGUCAAUUGGACAAGGAAGUUGAGAUGUCCAUUUUCUCCUAGUCAUAAGGACUGGAUGUCAAAAUCAUGGGAUGUUGGUUUGUUUUAUGUAGGCUUUGUUUUUGUUUUUUUCAUGAAGGAGCUAAUUCCAAGGUGGAAUCAGAGCAGUGCUGAGGCGAUGAACACACCUACUGCUGUAAAGCGUUGUACUGAAGCUAUACAUGAAUGACAAACUCCCUUUUCUUUCUUUUUGGAAUCUGCAUGCUGAGCUCUGCCGUUUUGAGAAAAAAGAACAUUAGGCAUCAUGGCACGUUUACAAGCGCACUGCUCAGCAGGUCUGAAACAUCACACAAGCACAUUCUUGGACUAAUUAAAUUUUUCAUACUGCAUGGUGCGUGUUAGGACUCGACAAGCACAUUUGCCUCGCUCAGGUUUAGGAUUGAGGUACAAUGGGAAACAGAAAUCAAGAUCUUAUCCUAUGUUGUCUACAAGACUUGAGCACCCCAGUUUAGGAACAUGGGAGGGAGCCAAUAUAAAAGAUGCAUGCACACAGUUGUUGUUGUUUUUUGUAAGUAUCUGGAACAGGUUGCUGCAUGGGAAACCAAAUAAAACAACAUGUCCAGCUCUGCAUAUGUUACCUCCAGUGGCGAAUGAGUUUCUCUUUCAACAGGAACUUAUUGCACCCAGUUGUUGUCUGCAAGCUGUGGUGA